GGCGAUCCACGACCUGACGGCCUUAACCCGGGACGCUCGUUGAAAUCAUUCACCAUCUGCGAAUUCGGACUUGGUCGCCUUCAACCCGGCAAUCCACGAUCUGCGAUAGAUUCCGCCAACAUCCUGUGAUAUACCUCGUGCGCGAUCAACCCUGACCCGGUACGCUCGUCAAAUUCCAUCUCAAUCUGCGGUAGAUCUCGUGCGCAGUUGGACAAGAUGAUGUCCGGGGACGGCGAUGUCAUCAACAGUCACCAACGAUGGCGUAACCAUUUUGAAGCUGAUAGAUGUAGAUCACGAGAUCGGCAAGCUGAUGGUGCAGCUCUCGCAGUCACAGGACUGCGAGAUCGGAGACCGGGGAAUUCAUCCAAUUCGUAUUGCCGAUGGGUUGAGCUGGCGGCGCAGUGCGUGAUCAAACAUAUGGACUCGAUCGCAAGUCCGUUUCAGAUUUCUUUAGACAACAAAGAACCGCUGAUCCAUUUGGCGAUGACGGCUCGUAAGAUUGUGAACAAGUGCCACAGGACAAUGGCGGAGAUUGCCGUGGAUGCGGUGCUGACCGUGGCGGAUUUGGUAAAGCGAUGACCAUCAGACCGGAACUCGCCUGUUGUCGUCAUCGUGCUUCCGGCCUUUGUCACCGAACCCAACAUUCUCAGCGGGGACAAGCAAUCCUGUCCGGAGCAGUAUUCAAAGUAGGCGACUAACAUUAACUCCACAAU